GAUGAUUAAAUGUAUCAACAACUUUGACACGGAGAUAUGAUUAAGACUAACAUCUAAAUGAAAAUGGUUAAUGUUGAUGUGAAUGCUUAAUGAUGUUCAUUAUGAGUAAUGUACUGAGACAAUGGUGUAGACACAAUUCAUUUAUUUUCUCUCAUAUUUAUAUGUUUCCACGAAAAGUAAGAUAUAAGUUAAAGAUAAAUCUUAUAAACAGUAAAAGAUAAUACUUUUAUACUAUAAAGAUCAUAAUAUAUAAUAUACUAGUAUACUUUAUAUAUAAAAGGGAUACAAAUGCAGUCAGGAAAAGCUUAGAGGAAACAAGAGCUUUCGAGAGAUAGAGAAGUACACUGGAUGACAGUCUAUGAGAGACUGGCUCAGGUUAUAAGCAGGCGUUUCCAGCGAGGAGGAGUCUGAGAAGACUGUCACUUAGCCGCUGUAGCGCACACACAUAGGAGCUUCACAGACUAAAGAGCUACUAUAGAGCUAAAUGUACUUUUGAAUUAGGAUAAUGGGUUUCCUAUUGAUGGAUUGUAUAGGAGUUAAAUUUAACAGUUACUUUCACUCAGAAAUUAAUUAUAUUUGACCUACUUCUUGCCUGUAACUAGGGAAUUUCACCAGUGUGGGCUUAAUAAAAUCUUUCUUAUGUCAUAUAGGUGAUAAACAAACAGUUGAAUUUUGAUUUCAAAGACAAAUUUUGUCAUUUUUAACAUCUAUUCUAUUUUCUUAUAGUAAAAUGUGUAUUUAUUAGUAAAGGGAAAUCAUUCAUAUAGAAACAAUAUGUUUUGUAGCAACUUACAGAAAUUCUUAUUUGGCCUUUUUAUCUAGGUUUCACUGACCCCAGGAAGAGGUUAAAAAGUGAGACCUGUCUUUUCUGAACUCAGUAAAUUAUUACAGAAAUGUGUAGUUAUGUUAAGUAGUUUUGUGUAUGUGUUUUAAUGAAGCAGUCCAACUUUUUUUUUUAACAAAACAAAAAAAAGCAGCUGCUUAUAAUUAUGAAAACAGAUACUUCGAAAGUUCCCUGAAGUUCUUUUUGUUCUACAUCAAUACAGGAAAUCACUCUGGCACCGAAGUGAACCUUGUUCUGCUGGGAAUGGCCGGAACUGGAAAGAGUGCAAGUGGAAACACAAUCCUCGGAGAGAAAGAGUUCAUAUCAAAGGCCAGUUCAUGUCCAGUCACCACAGAUUGCCAGGAGGCAAAAACUGUGAUAGGCGGUAGACGUGUACGUGUCAUUGAUACCCCAGACAUCUUUGAUGAUGAGAGGAAAUCAUCAAUUAAGGAACAUGUGAAAAAGUGCCAAGAGCUCUGUCGCUCAGGGCCUUGUGUGUACUUACUUGUGAUUCAAGUUAGCAGAUUUACAGACGGAGAGAGAGACAUACUGAAAAAGUUGGAAACAGCUUUUGGCAGCAAAGUUACAGAACAAACAAUCAUCCUGUUUACUCGUGGAAAAGAUCUGCAGCAAGGAGAAAUGAGCUUUAAAGAGUUUUUGCAUCAGUGCCAGCCUGACCUUAAGAAAAUUGUUGAGAAGUGUAGAGGAAGGUGUGUUGUUUUUGAAAACAGGGCUUCAGGUUCAGAUCAAGUGGAGAAGCGUAUGCAGAUAGUGGAUAGGAUGUUAAAAGAAAAAGAAACAGCUGAAAGACAGAAGAAUGUCUACGUAUCAGGUCAGGCGCAUAAAGGGCAGGGACAGAAUGGGCUGGGAUUGAAUUUUUCUUCCUUCUAGAUAGACACAGACUACAUGGGAAAUGAUUCAAUACCUUGAAGGGGUUGAUUACACUUAUAAUUACAUUUUGAUUUUCUUCUUACUUGGCUUUUUAAUUAGCAGCAUUUGAUCAGAGAUUUUAUAUUUUGUUCAUAGUAUGUUUGUCUGAAAUAAGUUAAUGGAUUUUGUCAAAUGAACCAAACAUAUUUCUUUACUCUGUAUAAGAGCUCCAUCUUUCUCACUUUGUGAACCUUUGUAAACUGUGAUGACAUAAACAAUACAUUUAACAAUAAAUAAA